CUCAGUUUGAUCGCCCACUAUCAUCCACCGUGGCUUUCUCUUGAAACGUGGCGGCGCAGUCUUUUCAUCAUACUGUUGCGCUACACUACACGCAUAUUGCUGACACUCAUGUCCUGGCAAGCCCAAACGACAUCGAAUUUCCCGCCUCCCGAUUGCAGUUCAUCACUGAAAUCGUCCGAUGUGGUGGUCGUUGACAAUAUGAAAUCCAAGAGCUUUCAAUCUUGUCUCCACGAGAAGGGGGAUGAGAAGUAUAAAUCGAAGUUAUCGGCGAAGAAUUCUUCCAAAGUUAUCGCUCGUCGCUUGCGCGAGUUAUGCGACCACUUUGAGGCAGAGUUCACCAUUGGACGCAUGCAUCAGUCUUUCACAGUGAAAAAGGGGAACACUGUAGACAAGGUCACUAGCUGGAUCCUCCCAAAGCCGCUUUUUCAAACUUGGCGCGGCUCCUACAUAUGAGUUAGAACUACCACUAAUAAAUCUGCUGUUUUCAGAGUUAUCUAUUGUUAGUUAAUUACCUUUAUACCACUCUGUUCCAUGCAUACAGCGCACUUUAUUCCCCUUCGUGUUUUAUACCUGCGGUUAUUAACAACAAGCCACCCAUUUAGAGAGUUUGAGUUUAUAUUGUGAUACUGCUUGUUGAUUAUAGUGACAGUAAUCUUUACAUCCUCUAUCGAUAUGCAUGUACUAUUUAGUAUUUCAAUCCAGAGAAUGACGUAUUUCUCUAAAAAUAAGAUGUUUUGUUGCUGUUAAAAAAAGCUUAUUGUAGAGCAAAGCUGUUGUUUUAUUAUUUGCUUAUUUCGGAUAUAUCAGUUGUACAUAGGAAAUUGUACAUAGUUCCUAAACAGUUGCUUUGAGCAUUUUAAUUCCUGUUGUAUGAGCUUCCUAAGUCGAUGUAAAAUUUGAUCCUUAGCGCUCACUGCGUAAUCUAGCUGCUGUUCCAUGCAUAGCACGUUUUGUUAGAGUUGAACUUCCACUCUGCAUUGAUCCUAGUUGACUGUAUCCAUUUCUGUUGAAGCAGCUCUGUGAAUUUUGUUCUGUGAAUAAUGUUUUAGCUUUUCGUUUGAGUUUUAGAGAGUGUUUGUAUGACUCUUCCUGUGAAUUGAUUCCUGUGAAUAGUUGUUUUACCAGGUUUUAUCCUUAUAUCAGUUUGGGCUUUACGCAUGAUAAUUCUUUCAAAUAAAUGUUUUGCCAGGAACAUGGAGGUUAUUUC